UUUUCUUCGUAAUGCCGCUGUUUCGGCCAAAAAUGUUCGAAAUGUUUUAAAUUCAGUUCAGUACGGGAAUUGCAGUGAGAACGUUAACAUAGUACACUAACCAGAUAACGCGGCGGAUCGAGUGGAUACUAACAACUACACAAGAAAAAAACAGACCUCAAUAUCUAGAUCAAGAAAAAUUAUAGUAAUCUUAUGCAAGGUCUAGGUAUUCAAUAAAGGUCUUGGUGAAAGUGGAAAAUAUUUUCAGAAAAAUAAAUUCAAAUUAUGAAAUAAUUAAUAAAAUCCAAAGAAAAAGCACAUACAGUUUUUUUGGCUUCGUUGCACCUACAAUUCACAUAAAACCGAAACUCUUGUAAAAAGUAAACAAAAAAAAUUAAAAACCGAAAUUACUACAAUCCAAAACAAACCCAACUGAAUUUGAGUUAAUUUGCUUUCACGCACCAGCAAAGAAAAAUACACAAAACACCAUAAUACGAAAUUUGAAAAUCCCUAAAACAUGGAUAAUUGGAAUGUUUUGACAGCCCACCAAUCGGCCAUUGGCGGCCGAGAUGACGUUAACUUGGUAUCCAAAGAGAAAUUGACCAUUGAAAAAUUGCCGGAUAAGGUAAUAUUGCAGAUUUUCUCAUAUUUGUCACAUCGUGAAAUUUGCCGCUUGGCCCGAGUAUGUCGUCGUUGGCGUCAAAUAGCCUACGAUACACGUUUGUGGAAAAAUGUUUCGCUGCGCCCCGAGGUGUCAGGUUUACAUGUUGGCUCCUUGGAAUCCUUGCUGUCGUUGAUUGCCGUGCGUUUUGGACCCACAUUGCGUUACAUUGAAUUGCCAAUUGAGCUGAUUACCCACACUGUGCUGCAUGAGUUGUCCGCCAAAUGUCCCAAUUUAACACACAUGCUGUUGGAUUUCUCCACUGCUAUGCAAUUGCACGAUUUCAGCGAAAUGCAAGCCUUUCCCACCAAACUGCGUUACAUGUGCAUUUGCCUGUCGGAGGUCAUCUUUAUGGAGGGUUUUAUGCGUAAAAUCUACAAUUUCAUCAACGGCCUGGAGGUACUGCAUCUCAUUGGUACCUAUGAAAAAUGUGAAGAGGAAGAGGAGGAAAUCUACGAAGUCAUCAAUGUGCAUAAAUUGAAAUCGGCCACACCAAAUCUGAGGGUCAUCAAUCUGUAUGGCAUCAAUUUCAUUGAUGACUCGCAUAUCGAUGCCUUCAGUUCGAACUGUAUUCAGCUGGAAUGUUUGGCCGUGAAUUUUUGCAAUAAAGUCACUGGCUCAACAUUGAAAACACUGAUCCAACGCUCGAAACGUUUAACCUGUCUGCUAAUGAAUGGCACGAGUUUGAAAUCUGAGUUUGUCAUGCAAGUAGACUGGGAUAAAUGUGCCUUGCAAGAGUUGGAUAUUACGGCCACCGAUCUGUCCACGGAAUGUUUGGUGGACAUGUUGACGCGCAUACCGAAUUUGCGUUUUCUGUCGGCCGGUCAAAUCAAUGGCUUUAAUGAUACGGUCCUCAAGCAAUGGAUGGAAUCAGGAAUGACGAGAUCUUUAAUGUCCAUUGAUUUGGAUUCUUCGGACAAUGUAUCCGACGAUGGUUUACAAAAGUUUUUGACCCGUCAUGGUCAACAGUUGAGUGCAUGCUGCCUAUCCGGCAUGCCUCACAUUACCGAUCAACUUUGGAUGAGUAUUUUACCCGUCCUGACCAAUGCUAAGAUCCUGGUUAUGGGAACAUCUGAAAAAUUGGGAGUUAACAUCCAUGUUGAUCAGUUGAUGGACACAAUUGCAUCGAGUUGCGGCAAUUUGGAACGUUUGGAAUUAAGAUGGGAUCCAGACAAUCUGCGUUUUUCGGAUAAAAGUCAAAAGGCCAUCGAUUUGUUGCGUGUGAAAUGUUUGAAAUUGCGAUGCAUGGUAUUGAGUGAUGGUCGCUAUUAUGAAACCGUUAAGGCUAACUUUGAACGUGCCGAUCGUGUGACAGUGGUGCGCACCACCACCUGUUGUCGUGUGUCGCCCUACCAUUUGUUAAGUAAUUAUAAUGAUUUGAUUUUCAAUUGAACACCCCUGAGGUAUUCCGGGAGUUGGCGGAAGAUCAUUUGACGAGAGAUGAUUAGAUUGAUUUCUUUUUCUUUAAAUAAUUCAACGAAUUUGUAAAAUAAUAACAUUGUUGUUGAUAAAACAAGAAUCCCAAAAAUUAGUUAAAUUAAAAUAACAUACAAUUUUAUUUGUUUUUAAAAAUAAUUUAAUAAUUCGUUUUUUGUUCCUUUAUCCUUAUCCAAUUUACAAUAUAUGCCAUUAACUUAUAGAGUAAUAAUAAAGAUUGGGAGUUUUUCUUGGUUUUA